AUGGGGGGGUCUUUUCUCCAACCUCCCUCAGAAGCCGGCCCGAAUUCACUCGCUCGCACGGACGCGGGGGCCGAGCGCACAGCGACCCGCGCCGCCGCGGACCGGCGGUGCCGGCAGGGGGUCGGGGGUCCGCGGCGACGACCCGUCGGCGACAAGUCACCGGCCAACGGCGGCGGCCGGAGGCGGCGGCAGGGACCCCGGGAGGCGGGCGACACCAAACCCAACGCACGCGAGCACGCUCACACGCGGACACCGCCGGCACAGAGCGGACAGGGCCAGGCACGGGAACCGGGGUCGCGCCGGGCACGCGGCGGCGACACGCCGAGAGAGCACAACACCCCGGAUCCGGGACAGGGGCGGGGACGAAGCCACACGGCUCGAGACGGAGGAGACGAUGCGAUGCGGGCAAGCCUACACACGGCAAAGCGGGAGGGAGGCGCGGGAACCCGGGACAACAUCGCGCAGGCACGCGAGGCGGCACCCAGCGGGAGGAGGCACGUCGUGACGCCGGCUUCAGGCCCCUCGGACGGCCAACUCCCGAGCGAGGGACGCACGCGGGAAUUCUCACCACCAUCGCCCCCGUGGCGUACCGGCGGUCCCGCUGGCAGGAACCCUCGUCGUGAGCAAAACCGAUCCGGGAAGACCCUUCAAAAGCCACCGCCGCCGCGACGACGUGCCUCCCCCACACCGGGGGAGCAGCCUCACGAGCUGAGCGCCGUCCCCCCCCCCACGAGAACACCAACACAACGCCCGACUCGACCGUCCGCCGGUGGCCGGCCACCAGGCCAAACCAGCGAGGAUCGCGGAAGGCUGAUGCGGGUGAGGAGGGCACGCCGGAAGCACAAGAGCAGCAGCGGGAGGGUCACCGGGUCGGGUCACCGGGGCGAGAGGCGAGUGAGCGAGCGGCCACCCCCUCACACGGCCGGCACGCCAGGUAAACGAACGCGGGAUCUCACCACCCCCAACUCCGGGGCGGUCCCGCGCAACGCCUGGGACACCGAGCCGGCCGACCAGCGGACCGGAAACCCCCACCGCGGCAGCGGCGGGCCCCCCAAAAGAGGCCCGAGAGGGAAAAGGCAGCUCUCGCACACACCUCAAAGACCCCGUGAACGCCCGCGGAGCCGCCCGCGCCAGCAGGGCCCCACCGCCUCCAUCCACACCACACCGCCGGGCACAGCACCCAUCAUCGACCGCCUCUUUUUCGGCCGCGUGAGCAAGGGCCCACACACACCGGGAUCCUCGGCUCCGGGGGGCCAGAACCCCCCCGAGCGGCGCACCACCACGGGCACGGCGGCCCCGGAACACCGCGGGGCCCAGCGCCCGCACGGCGCCGUCGUCGCCAACGGGCGGCGGCCCACACAGACGCUCGGGAACAGCGUCGCCAGGGGCCGGAGGGGGAGGGGGACGGGACCCCCAAAAACCCCACGGCAACCCAAGCACGAGGCCGGGAAGCCACACACCACACGCCCUCGCAUCGCGACCCGGCACGGGCUCCAGGCUCCACCACUCGACACACCGCACGCGAGGCAGGGGCGGGGACGGAUCGGGAACGUCCUCCACUCACCACACCAGACGACGGCCCGGGAGAGCAGAGACGUCAAUCUCAACGGUAACUUCUCACUCGCACAAAAGCCCCACGAACCCGAGGACGGCCGGGACACACCACGGGCAGCAGGCUGGCACAAGGCAGCGGACAACGCCAGGAUCGGGAACGACACCACCACUCAGCCUCAGGCACCUGAGAGAACCAACCGGGAGCGUUCCGGGAGCACCGCAAGAGGGCAGAGCGCGAGGCGCGGUUUUUCACACUACACAGCACGGGCAAGCACGGAGCACCGACCCUCCCUCUCCGCGGAGAGAGCCGACCCCCGUGCCGAUAACAAGUCACGGGAAGAGAGGAGCAAGAUCAGGGCGCCCCCCUCCUCCAGCGUGUACAAGUCCCCGACCUCACGGCGAGGGCAGGGAGAGCGCAGCCGGGCCCGGUUGCCGCACCCCCGCCUCCCCGCACACCACCGGCGCCGGCACGGUGGGACGGGUGAGGGCAGGGGCCCACGGGCAGAACGAGAAGAGCGGUCCCAUUCGCCAUGA